CCCAACCCCAUUAAACAUAAGAAACAUUAUUCACAACUCAAUUUCACAUCAGAAAUUACAUAUUAAUUAUCCUCCGAUUUCUACAAAAGUAUAGCAAUGGCCUCAUUAUUAGCAUCCCCAACAGUACGCUUUACCGCGUUAACCCUCCUUAUGAUAACUUAUGUUAUAGGGUUUAUUAAUAAUCACAACUCUAUGGCUUACGCCAUCCAAUCAUGCGCUGGGGAUAUCCCGAGCUUAGUUAGCCAAUGCGCCAAAUAUGUGCGGAAGGUGGGCGCAAAAUCUCCACCUUCUGCACAAUGUUGUGCUACGGCAAGGAACGCUGAUGUCGUUUGCUUAUGCAAGUAUGUUACUGACGGAAUUGAGAAGUUUAUUAGCGUUGAUAAAUCUGUUUAUAUUGCUCAAUAUUGUGGUAUUCCUUUUCAGCAUGGUGCUAAAUGUGGAAGCUACACAAUUCCAUGAGCGUCGAAAGCAAUGCAAUGGCCGCCGUAGCUUAUAACCAAAUAUUACGUUAUGUUAUGUUACGUUAGGUUAUGUUAUACAAUGAAAUGGCCGAUGUAGCUUAUAACGUUAUAACCAAAUGUUAUGUUAUGUUAUGUUAUACAAUAAAAUGGUCGACGUAGCUUAAAUAUAAUGUUAUGUUAAUUAUUUUACAUGUAUGCAUAGUGCACUAUCUAAUAAUAAAGUCAUGUUUUUUAAGCUAAA